AUGGACCUGAAGAAGUAUAUACAGUCAUUGACCAUAAAAAGACACUUCUUAUUACAUCCUUCUUCCCCAGCCCUCCCUGAUAGUGAAGGUAAGACUGCUAUCCAUCAGAAAUUUCAGCCCACAUCGCAGUUCUUUCCCAUUAAUAGUAGAGGUCCAUUCUUGGAGACCUUUGAACAUAUGGUUGACCGAGAAUUUCAAUCUCUAACUAAGAAAAAGAACAGGCCAGGUACAUAUAAUUUAACCAAAAAGGAGGAAUCUAUUCUUAAAAAUUUAAUGGAAAGGACCGAUCUAGUCAUUAGGGAAGCAGAUAAGGGGGUAGGGGGGAGAUUGUUUUGUAUGACUAUGGCAUAGUAUUUGGAAGAAUCUGCAAAUCUUCUAAAUGAUAGAGAAACAUAUGCCGUCUUAGGGAAUGACCCUACAUCUCAGUUUUAUGUGGAACUUAAAAAAAUGUUGGAAGUGGCCAAGAAUAAAGAAAUUAUUUCUCUAAAUUUUUUUGAUUAUCUGUUUCAACAACACCCAAUAAUUCCCAUUUUUUAUUUUCUUCCAAAGACCCAUAUACGUCUCCCAAACCCCCCAGGCCACCCGAUCAUCAGCGGCAUCAACUCCAUAACAGCCAAUUUAUCGGAGUUUGUUGAUGCAUCUUUACAGAAAUACGCACAAGGUGCGCCUUCAUAUUUGAAGGACACCAAGUCCUUUUUGCAGGAAUUAGAAUGUAUGAGUGGGAUCCUGAGUACAGCUGGGCCACAUUGGAUGUGGCCUCACUGUACACGGUGA